CUGAGCACACCGCGCAAGACACAAAACGCACGGAAACUGCCUCCAAAAGACGGCUCCUCCAACUUCUGGCUAGUCGGGGGUCGACUGCACUUCCAUCAAGGAGUGGGACAAAUGGCUGGAAAGAAGAAAGACACUACAUUGCAGAUUACUAUUUCAAACCAGGAACAAUGGGAUGAAACACUGGCUAUAACUGGACUGACUGUGGUCGAUGUGUACCAGGGGUGGUGUGGUCCAUGUAAGGCAGUGAUUAGUUUAUUUCGGAAGAUUAAAAAUGAACUGGGAGACGACCUCUUGCAUUUUGCAGUGGCUGAAGUGGGCAAUAUUGACUCACUGCAAAAGUACAGAGGGAAAUGUGAACCCACCUUCCUUUUCUAUGGGAUCAAAGAUGAAGGUUUAGUAGAAGACAACAAAGAAGAAAUGACGGUACUGCAAGUUGAUGAAGAGGAAGAACUGGUUACUGCCAACAAGGCAUUCACAGUGGCAAUCAUCAAACCUGAUGCUGUGGCUCAUGGGAAAACAGAUGAAAUAAUAAUGAGGGUUCAGGAAGCAGGCUUUGAAAUUAUCUGUCACGAGGAACGGAUAUUAACAGAAGAAGAGGCACGAGAUCUCUAUCAACACCAGUCAGAGGAGUCUCAUUUUGAAGAACUAAUUCGCUUCAUGUCAAGUGGGCCCUGCCGUGUUCUGAUCAUAUCCAAACCCGAAGGAACAGACGACGUCAUUCCUCUGUGGAAAGAGUUUAUUGGCCCAACUGAUGUAGAAAUUGCAAAGCAGGAGAAACCUGAAAGUCUCCGAGCUCUGUACGGUACUGAGAAGCUAUUCAAUGCAGUUCAUGGAUGUGAUGACAAGGAGCAGGCUGCCAGGGAACUUGCCUUCUUCUUUCCGAACUUUGGGGCAAGCUCUGAGGCCCAGAAUUAUGCUGAGCCUGGCCAGAGUGUGGAGAAGACCUUGGCUCUGAUCAGGUCGGAUAUCUUAAAGGAGAAGAAGGAUUCCAUCCUGCAGAAGAUUAGUGAGGCUGGCUUAAUGGUAGCCUUGCAGAAGGAGAUCUUACUGACAGAAAAACAGGUUUAUGAAUUUUACAGAGAGCACACGGAAGCAGAAUAUUUUCCAGCACUGCUUCAGAGCAUGACCAGUGGGCCUGUACUUGCAUUGGCUCUUGUCAGCAAUGAUGCAGUUGCACGUUGGAAGAAUCUGCUGGGACCCAAAGAUGUGAGGCAAGCAAAAGAGGAAGCCCCUGAAAGUCUGCGGGCGCAGUUUGCGGUGGAAUCAGUUCCAAUCAAUCAGUUGCAUGGCAGCAGCACACCACAGGAAGCAGAAAAGGAGCUGAAGUUCUUCUUCCAAAUGGAACACACGCUGGCUGUCAUCAAACCUGAUGCAGUGGAGAAUCACAGAGAUGAGAUUAUACAGAAGAUUGAAGAAGGAGGCUUCAUUAUUUCACAGAUGGAUGAAAAAAUAUUGAGUAGAGAACUGGCAGAAGAGUUCUACAAGGAACACAAGGGCAAAGAAUUCUUUGACAAGCUGAUUGAUUAUAUGACUGAAGGUCCAUCAUUGAUUAUGAUUCUAAGUAAGGAGAAUGCAGUGGAAGAAUGGAGAAGUUUGAUGGGUCCCACAGAUCCCGAGGAAGCCAAGAAAAUAGCACCAGAUUCUUUACGAGCCAAGUUUGCAAAGGAUGUCUUACGGAACUCUUUGCAUGGUCCUGCAGAUCAGAUGCAAGCCAUUGAAAAGAUCCAGUUUCUAUUUGGGGACAUAAAUAUUGGAGCAGAUGGGAUUGUCCAAGGUUUCGAACCAAGCUUGGAGAAAGUGGUUUACCCAGAGUAUAUGGAGGAAUCUGAAGAUACUCAGCUGGGAGCUGAUGCAGUGGACUCAGCAGAGAAGACUGCAGUAGAUGAUGAGAACUCACAGACUGAGAACUCACAGAGCACCUUUGAUGAGAGCUUGCAGAAGAGCUUACCAGAAGAAACUCCAGAGGGGACAGUUAAUGAAGAAGAUACACUGCUGGCAUCUAAUGAGGUGGAGGCAACAGAAUUGGCUGCAGCAGAUCUCGAGACUCCUGACAAUGCUGCCACUGAGCACUCAGAAAACACCGUGAAUGAGAGCUAACAGAAAAGUAUACCAGAUGAAACUACAAAAGAGGAGAAGAAUGGAGAAGGUUGUGUAUAAUCGACAGAGGGGACACUGGCUGGAACUCCACACAAUGGCCCCAUUACAUACAGAGCAAUACAGCUCUUCAGUGUCUUAGUGGGACUGUAACUUUGGCAGUCUACUCUGGAAAAAAGCUACUUAACACCCAAAAAAAUUACACUAUAUUUUUAGAUAUAUUUGAAACUGCAGUCCCUUCAUCUGAUCCCUCACAAAGCAACAUCUACCAAUAGUCAACAAUAAAAUUGUUCUCCUUUUAAAUUUGAUUUCAGACAUUGAAAAGCUUAGAUGAUAAAGGAGGGGAUUUAUUGAUAUUUCAGUAGGUCCAGCAUACAAUGUUCAUCAUGCCUUGAUGUUUUAAUUCACAUGAUGUGGACUUAUUCAACGUUACUGGCACUAAUUGUCCAAAUCUUUGUCAAUUUUACUUUUAAGGUUAUGACCAUUGGUUAUUGAAUCAGUCAUCAGAGGGAAUAAGGUUUCUCUUUCUAGUCCAUCAAAACCUCUCAACUUCUUGAAGAAUUCUGUUUUAUUACAUUCUAGUCUUGGAAUCAUAGCCAGAGUCAUACAGCACGGAAACAGGCCCUUUUACCCAAUUCCUUUAAACCAACCAAGGUGCCCAUCUGAGAUAAUCCAACUUGCCUCCAUUUGGCCCAUAUUCUUCUAAACCUUUUCUAUGCAUGUAUCUGCCUAGAUGUCUUUAAAAGGUUGUAAUUGUACCCUCCGCUACCAUUUCUUGCAUCUCGUUCCACAUACCCACCAUCUCUGUGUGAGAAAGUUGCCCCGCAGGUCCUCUUUAAAUCUUUCCCCGCUUACCUUAAACCUAUGCCCUCUAGUUUUAAACUCCCCUACCACAGGAAAAAAGACUGUGACCAUCCUUAUUUAUGCCCCUUGUGAGUUUAUAUACCUCUGCAAGGUCAACCCCAGCUUCUUAAGCCUCCCAGGGAAAACAGCCCCAGGCUGUCCAUCUCUCGAGUCCUGGCAACAUCCUUGUCAAUCUUUUCUGUACAAUCUCAAACGUAAUGAUAUCCUUACUAUAGCUGGGUAACCAGAACUGCACAAAAUACUCCAAGUGUGGUUUCACCAAAGUCUUGUACAGCUAUAACAUGAUGUCCCAACUCUUGUACUCAAUGCCCUGAUGAUGAAAGCAAUGUCUUGUUCACCACCUUUUCUACCUGUGUUGCCACUUUCAGGAAACUAUGUACUCGUACCCCUAGGUCUCUCUGUUCUACAACACUCUCCAGAGCCCUGCCAUUUUAUAUCAUUGAGUUGUUGUCAUAAUUUUCUAGCAGGAACAUUUUUGAGGGUAAAGAUUCUAUGAGGGAUCUUCCAAUCCUGAAUUACAACUUCAGUACGAUCCAUAAAGAAAUGUUGUGGAUGAUAAUGUGUACUAAUGAUAAUGAUAAUGUGUGCAGUUUUACCAUAAAGUCCUGUUGAGCUGGCCCUCAGAGUUACAGCAGUAUAGUCCGCACUGAGAUGUUGCCUCAUUAUUUAAUAUGUCUUGGAAAAUAAAUUCUACCUUACUCUAGAAAUCAACUCCCAUGGUAAUGGCAUUUUGCCCUGACCUAGGACCAAAAGACUGAUAGGUCCAAGAAUUUCCUUUUGGCCUCUCUGGGUCCACUGCUAUAAUUUACAGGAUGUGUGAUGGUACUUUCUCUUA